AUGCGAAUUCAAGCUUCUCAAUUGCGCUACAUCAGCAAGGCACAGGAUGCUAUCCGGAAAUGUGAUGACAAGCUGCGGAGCAUAAACCACAAAAUAUGGUCCAACCCGGAACUAGGGUUCAAGGAAUACAAAACACACGAUGCCAUCUGCGACCUAUUUGAUACACUCAGCUCGGAAGGCUAUUCUGUCCGGCGCCAUGCUUACGGGGUAGACACUGCGUUCGAGAUCGAAUAUCAACACGGCGACGCUAACCAUGGCCGUGUCCUUGUCUUCAACGCCGAGAUGGACGCACUCCCAAAUAUUGGCCAUGCUUGUGGCCAUAACCUAAUCGCAACCAGCUCUAUCGCUGCGUUCAUUGCUACUUGCGAAGCCAUGAAGGCCGCUGCCCCCAAAGAAGUGAACUACACCGUUCGCCUUUUGGGAACUCCAGCAGAGGAAUCAGGCGGUGGAAAGCUCCGUCUCCUAGAUGUUGGGGCGUACCAACAUGCCAACGCUUGCCUGAUGAUCCACCCGAUGCCCAUCGUGCCGGGUCGGCCUGAGAUCCUGAGUCUCGCAAAGUCGCCUGCUGGCGGGUUCCUUGCGAAGAAUAGUGUCCAUGUAACAUAUAUUGGGAAACCAGCCCACGCUGCUGCGGCUCCUUGGGAAGGCAUCAAUGCCCUUGACGCGGUUGUUGCAGCUUAUGUCAAUGUCUCGCUUCUAAGACAACAGAUCUUACCCACUCAGCGGGUGCAUGGGAUUAUCGUCAACGGAGGUGAAAGAUCAAAUAUUAUCCCCGCGAGUGCAACUCUGAGCUACACAAUUCGCUCUCCAACUCGGGCAACGCUGGAACCACUGACUGAGAAGGUUAUUAAGUGCUUUGAAGCGGCCGCGGUUGCUACGGGCUGUCAAGUCGAAUUUGAAUGGGGCACCUCAUACGAUGACGUUAAAUCAAACUCGCCAAUCUGUGAAAGCUAUGUCUCUGUAAUGCGAGCCAUGGAUCACCAUGUCCUACUCACCCUUCCUCCUGGAGAAAGCGGUUCAGCUUCAACAGACAUGGGUAAUGUAUCAUACGCUGUUCCUGGAUUCCAUGGUAUGUUCAUGAUUCCCGCAAAGGGUGGCAACCAUACCCCGGAGUUCGCCGACGGAGCAGGGACCUUGGAGGCGCACAAGCGGGCGAUAAAUUGCGCAGCUGGAAUGGCUGUUGUCGCCUGUCACUUCUUUGAGGACGAUGAAUUCGCGAAAGAAGUUGAAGAGGAUUUUCGGGAUGACUCCUUGGUGUCUAUGUCCUCUGGUUACUAA